AUGGUUGAUGGAAAAGAAUGUGCCGGUCGAGGAGUAAGUUUACAUAAAUAGUUGUUCACUGUUCAGAACCUCUUUACUUUUUUAACGAAAGCGACGGCAGAACGACGCCGUAAGGCACGGGGGAAUUGUGGGUAGCUAGCGGUUUUACUCUCUUCCCCAGUCUCUUAACUCACCCAUAAAGUUUCUCCGGCUUCUUUUUACACUUCACUUUUUUUUUGCAUUAGCCUACAAAAGUUACAUCUGCACCUUCAAGUUUCUUGAAAAGUGCGCCUCUUGAGGAAAAAUAGUUCCUCCUAUUUACCCAAUUAGUAAAGAAAGAAAUUCUAUAAUUGUGGAAAAUUUAUCCCUGACAGCUUUUUUUCACUGUCCAGUCUUAUUGUUAAGUGUUCUAUUUCUUUGUUGCUUUUAGUUUUGUACCAAUGAUGGCCAAUGCGCUUGUGAAAACGGGUUUGAUCCGGCGUCCACUUGCAGCAAAGGUUUGCAUUCUAUCUUACUUGGCCCGAAAUGACAUAACCGUGCAACCAGACGUCGAAGUCAGGAAAAAGAAGGAAAAAGAAGUUUUAAGACCGGGAAUUAUACACUGUCAAGGAACAUCUCUGAAUUUGCGAAAUACGUUAUUUUAACUACAUGAAAUUGGAAGCUCUACUAGAAAGGGUAGAAUUUCACUCGAUUAUUUGAGUUUUACCAAAUUGCUUAGUACCAUGAAGUACUCAUACCGCAAGAAAGUAUAACUUUACUAAGUGAAUUUUGAACGUUAAUGUACAUGUUCGAACGGCGUGGUUUAACAUGCGCUAUUGCAGUGUCAUUACACUUCGUUUAGAGACCAAGAGGGUGUGAACUUGGUCACAACCACAGUAACGUUCGUGACGUUUUACAUUCUUCAUUAGUUGGUACUGCACGUGAUGGCAACUGGGGGGCUUGGUCAAGCUGGACAAACUGCUCGCGAGCCUGUAACGGUGGAACACGUUUACGUUAUAGAUUUUGUGACAGUCCGUCCCCUUUGUAUGGAGGAAAGAUCUGUGAAGGAGAAAGACUUCUGGAAGAGGCUUGCAACGAGGAACCCUGUCCUCGUAAGUAUUUACCAAACGAAUUUAAAUUCUCAAUUCCAGCUCAAAAUUUGACCAAAGUAGCCUGAUUUUUUACAUUCGCCUGUUGUCAGGAGUGAAGUGUCACAGGGGUAAACGCGGCCUACUGAAUGAUGUCAUGAUAACUCCUUCAAAGACCCUGUUGGAUACAAUGAAGUCCCCCACUCAUGUUAUUAGCCUUUAAGUCUGACAUCAAGCUUUCAAUUUUUGGUCAAUGCAAAUACAAACAUUCACAAACACAUCAGAGUGCACUUUUCUUGGGAAGCAGUUGACUUUUCUCGUUUACCGCCGUACACUUACAAGCAGAAACUGAUAAGAGGGGAGGCGAACGUCCGCGGGGAACAAAGGAAUAGGAAAAAAAGAUAAAGAAUGAAAAAAAAAAAACCAGGCGAAAUAAGACACAAGAAAAAAGACAUUAUCCUUAAGGCACAUACACCAUAAUUUGUGGUGAAAACACUCUUGUUAUUGUAAACAGUUUUCACUAGGAAAAUAUCCAUAAACAAUAUUAUUAAAAGGUCGUAAACGUACGUUUCAACUGGAGGGGCGCGGUGCAAAAAAAAGGGAGACACUUCAACACACUGCAAAUGGCCAACUUAAAAAACCUGAGCAACAUUUUCCCAAAACAUUUCCAUAUUUUUCCUUUUACAUUACCAAUAUCGAUUUCCCUUGAGAUGUUCACGGAUAUAUAUAAUAGGGAGAUUGAUGAAAUAUAGUAAUGGGAUCUUAAGGUAAAACGGCGACAUGAAAAGAAAUUCUCAAGGCCAAUAUCAUAUAUAUAUCCCUCAAGCAUACAAGUGAAUUUACAAGAACACUGAUAACAGAUCGAGAAAAUUUAAGGUUCCGUAAGACUAGCUAUAGGCAUCGGUAUAGUUUUGAAAAUGAUGAAAAUCGCUCUCAGCUAUUGAAGCUCGAACAAAACCGAGGCCGGGAUCAAACUUAACAUUAAUCUGCUCUAACUUGUUUUAAUUUGAUCCGCCUGAUCGAAUAAUAACAGGUUUGUGCUAUGCAAACGGAAUCCGGGUGAUAAAUCUAACACGAGCGCGAACUUUACCGCAAGGUUUUCUGUUUUGCUUUUUAUCGUUAAAUUUUGUUCUGUUGUCGGCGAUUAUCAACUUCAGAUGAUGACAAUAAAGCGAUAAUUGGAGUUUCCGUUGUACUAAAACAUUGUGAAACUUCCAAUCAUUGACAAAUUUCUCUUAUUCAUGAGACGUGUGUGCAGUUCUUCCGUUUCAUUUCCUGCUUGCUUGGUACAGUCAGUAUUAAUAGUCAUCAUUAUGGAAGAGGAUAUUUUUCUGUUGCAUUGAUCAAUCAUAAAGCAGCUGCAGACGAGGAGUUACAUGUUUAAAAGUACAGCGAAAACUGUCUCCCUGCCGUGUAAACGGUUGGAAAACCUCGAGUUUCAAUUUUAUAAGCCUGUUCACUACCUUAAAGUCGGGAGAAUUUAAUAGACAAUAUGAUAGAAAAGUUCUCGUCAAUUUAAAAUUCAAACCUUCAAAUUGAAGUUCUAACUGUUAUCUUUCUUUUUGCAUCGUCUGGCACCCCCAGUUUUCUCUCUAAAUUUUAAAAUAUCGCGAAAUUACUUUGCCAUUCAUCCCACUGAGCCUCUGUAGAUCAACCGCCUGCGGGUGAAUGAAUGAAACUUCGGCGAGUUAUUUCCCCGGUAAAGCGAUGGAGCAUGGUAUAUGGCCGACCUUGAAGGAGCUGUUUUUUUCCCGCUCAGUAAAAUCUUUCAGUUGCAAAUUUUUAUUGUCAAUUGAGCAAAUUCUUAUAACUUUUUUCUAACAUGCUACUGAGACGCAUAAUAUUCUAGUGACCUGUUUGGCACGCACGAACAAUUCACGCUGGAAGGUACCAGACUGUUAAAAACAUGUCUUACAGCUAGUAUCCUUUACAGCAUCGGUUGUUAUGGAAAUUUUCCACAGGGAAUACUCAGCGGUUGGACGUGUUUGAAUGAUUGUUUACAAAUGUCCCACGCGGUAGUUCUUCAUAAUAUCUUUGGUGAUAAACUCAUUAGCGUAUGAUAAACGUAUUAUACGAGUUCACUCUAAUAAAAAUACAGUGACCAGCAAUGAUAACUUCUAGGAAAUUAGAAGUUUUCCUACAGUUGUCCUCUUUGCGCUAAAUCUCAAGAUUGGAGUGAUAAGACUCUUAUUUAGCAAGGCUUAUGUUGUUUUUCUACCCAACAAUAUUUUCUCUUUGUUGCCAUUGAAGCGCUAAAAGGUUUUUUCAGCUGACAUUUUUUUGACGUUGACUUGUGAUAUAACUCACGCUUUAAAUUAUUGAUCAAUUAACCUAAGAGGGCUGAAUAAUUUUCAGGGUGUUAGAUUCUCUUCUUGUUCGGUAUCACUUUGGUAGUAUUUUCAGUUGGUGUGUAGUUCGAAGGUUUUUUUUUCUUUCACCAUUUGUUUCUGAUCUGAGGACAUCAAUUUCAGCUGCCUUCGGCUUAUAUUGAUUAUAUGACAUAAAAACCUGAAACUGUAAACUUCAGUAAAAAUAAUGGAACACAGCCUUCUCUAAAUCUCACGUAUUUUUUCUUUUAAAACGAUAUGGUUACAAAAAUCACUGAAAUAAUUACAAAUUUAUUUUAAAGUGGUGAUAAGAUUAAAUUUUCCCUAAAUUUUUUUAAAAUUUCGUACUACAACCAAUCUUUCUGUUACUGACAGACCCUCAUACAAAGCCCAGUAUCGCUGGCGGCAAGCAGCUGUAAACUGAUGUCGUUUUAUUCGAAAAAAUUAAAUACUGUUUCCCACGAAGGAUUCGAAGUCCAACUGAACGUCACAGACAGCUUGCAUGAAAUAAAAAAUAACUCAGUUUGAUUGGCAAUAAAUUUCAAGAAGCUUGCGAAUUGUCAAAUCGAAACUUGCUAACAUUAUCAUUAAAAAUGUUCGCAUUGCUGAAUUGAAAAACCCUACUCUCAAAUCUGCUUUCGUUCCCAAGUAUUUUUCUGAUGGUGUUGUACGUUGCAAGACGUAUUUCUUGCAUUCUGAACCAGUACACUACUGGAUUUAACGACGAAUUCAAAUACACAAUAGUUGCUCCCCACUCGUAAGCCAUUUUUACACCAGGACUGUAACCAGCUAGAAGGCGAAUAGCCAUUGCCGUUAAGAACGGAGUAUAACAAACGAGAAACAUCACUAACAAAUAAACCAUAGUAAUAACGGACUUCUUAUAUUUACUCAUAUUGACUCCUUCCCACGCAGACCGAGUCUGUGACUGUAUUUGUCUCUGAUGGCGUCGGAGCACUCUAAACACCUUGAUGUAUGCAACGAAAGUUGUGGUCAAAGUCACCGCAAGCACGGGUAAUGGAACAAGAGUCCAGUAACGAUCCGUGUUCGCCAAGAAGAGGGACACAGCGGUAGAGAUGCAAAAAAUCCAGAAAGCGAAAAUAACUUUAAGAACGCGCGCAACUGUGACUUUUUCUUUGUAACGAAGGUGCAAGUACAGGGCAAGCACUUUAUCCACCGAUAUGGCGCAAAUUGUCAUAACAGAGACUCCCGCGCAUACAAAUCCAGCAAUCCAGUGAAUGAGUCUACCGAUGCAGGCGGUAUUGGCGCUAUUCUUGAGUUCGGCGAUCUUGUAGGUGACGAGCAUAGGUUGAGCCAUGAGACCGAUAAUAAAAUCGGAACAAGCGAGGCAGCAAAUGAGAAUGUUCGAAGGCGAAUGGAGAAGCGGCGUCUUCCAGAUCACUAGGAUCACUACAAUGUUCCAGGUGGUCGCCACUACAGAAAACACAGAGUUAAGUACGCAGCAAACGAUGUCAGAGGCAAAGAAGCUUCCUACACGCGACGGCUCCAAAGUUGCUAGGAAGUAACAUCUCUGUGUGUUAUUUGAAUCCAUGAAGGUUUAAGCAAUGAGCUGGAAGACAGAAUUCUUGGGUAAAUUCAUGCACUUUACCUGCAGAGAAACGUUUGAAAAGCUCGUGCGUAAAAUGUAGCUGGAGACGUUAAGGAAACGACCAAGCUAAGGAAACGAACAAGUUGGAACUUUGACUGCUUAUUCUGAAACAAGAGCGAAAGUAGCGCGGUGCAUGUAAUUAUGUAGGAGACUAUCGAACCUGGAAAAUUAUUUGCGUGAUAAAACGGUCAAUAAACUUGAAUUUGAACGUUCAACUUACUAAUAUCUCUUUGUGAGUAUCAGUGAUAGACGCAAAAAUAUCUGAUCACUGUGAAAAUGAACCCUUCGACAAUCGGUCGGCGGUAAAUACUCAACUUUCACGUCUGCUAUUCGACGUCAUUAGCCGAUCAAUUGUGUUUUUUUUCACUUUCUCACAGUUUCCAGCUGGGUUCUAGUUAAAGACGUUUUUCUUGUUUGCCGCCCACUUUGUUCCAUCAUCAGCUGCUCGUACCUUUCUCUGGGUCGCUUUAAAUAAUAGAAAUAACAGCGACACCUCAGCAUCGAAAGUGAUGUUACAUGAAUUUCAUUAUUAUUGCAUAUUCUCGCUAAAAGCCUAAUUCUCAGGUAGUUGCAAACCCUACAUGAAUAAAAACCAUCAGAAAGAUGCAUCUAUUGCCACAGAAUUUAUUUUCACACCAUACCUUCUUGCGUGGGAGUGUCCAGGGUAAAAAGAAAGCCAAUAGCAAUAAAGAAUUUCAAGUAGCAAUUUUUCAUACCAUACAAUAACCAAUGGUGAGAAAUCCUUCUCCUUAUAUUCAAAUUUUCAGAGCAGUUUCGUCAGGCUUGUUGUGGUUUUUUUCACUUUCAUGAAUUGUUUUUAAGCUAACCUGACUGAUUUUCAAUAUUGAAAUUAUUUUGUUUCGAGUUGUCAGAGUCAAGUAUCGCAAGUAUAACGUUUUCGUCAUGAUUUGAGAAUCUCACAGCGUAAAUAUUUUUUAUGCAUUUUCUAUGAGAAUCUCGACCAGUAUAAAACUGUCCAUCAUUUCACUUUUGAAAUGAAUAAGGUUCAGAUCAUAUUUGACGAUCAAUUGUCAACAAACGAUAUGUGUCACGAAGAAAUAUUUAUUUUGAAGUGGUGUGGAAAAACUCUUUAAAAUUAUAAAGCAAUAUUUGACUAAGUAGACUUCAGCGUGGCCUGAACAUCAAUAUAAAAGAGAAGCAAGUCAACAACUGCAUUUGGAGUACAAACUUCUCAACAAUUCUUUGACGAUCCUUGGUUAAGCGAUGUGAUCUCAUUUAUAACAUUUAUUCUUACGAGACUUUGGCGGAGGACUUCAUUGGUGAGUUUUGUUUUAUUUGCGCGAAACUGCUUAUUCGAAAUAUUAAAAAAAUACCUCUCGGAAGUGCAAAUCAAAAUAGCUAUUCUUCACUUUCCCACGUUAUACUGAUUUAUUGCUGGGCCGAUUGUGUUUUCCGCCUUGACAGUCAAUUAAAUCUUUUUACUUAUGCAAUCAUUCCACGCGUUUCUUUUAGGGCAAUAAAAAAAUAGAGACUCUAUUCAAUUUUAUAUAAUAUACAGAGUAAUUGCUUUUUUUUCAUUCGCUGCCUAGAAGCACUUUUGUGACAGCAAUGGUGCUUUUUUUUUUCCGUUAAUGAAUUUGCCACAAGAUAACUUGGUCGAAAUUUUGAGGCUUCACUAAUUGUCCCAACUUCAUUUGAUGUUGAAGGUGUUGCCAAUUUGCUUCCAACAAUUAGAAAACGAAAACGUAUCUCAAACCCGUCUUAUUAUGAAAUAUGUCUUUAUUAAAUGUAAAAUAGUGUUCGCUUUAACACGACAUUUCUUGCAUGACUAUGUCAAUAAUGUUAUCGGAAGCGAAAAAAAUCAGUGCAACCUCUUGAAGUAAAAGUAAAGAGCGAGGACGUUUUGGGGAUAGUUUCAUUAUAUCGCUCGCCUCGCUUACAACACACAAUAGAGACCUUAAUCAGUCAAGCUUUUAAUUUGGUUAUAAUUAAAUACAUCCAGAGGACGGAUGUAUUUUAAGUCUCUGAGAGCGCCCCUCUCAACUUCAGCAUAAUGCAUGUGAGAAGUUAUAUCGCUCGCCUCGCUUACAACACACAAUAGAGACCUUAAUCAGUCAGCACGACAAUACCGAGAAAGACGUUGAUUAAAAAUCAAUUUUUUAAUUUGGUUAGAAUUAAAUACAUCCAGCGAAUGGAUGUAUUUUAAGUCUCUAAGAGCGCCCCUCUCAACUUCAGCAUAAUGUAUGUGAGAAGUGUUGAGAUCGAAAUUAAAACUUAAAUAAUUUUCAGUCUGAGUUUCUGUUCUCAGACCACGCACGUUGUCGUUUUGCAGAAGAUGGCUAAGAAAAAAAUGAGGUUCUAAAACGAGCUAUUGUUCUACUGAAAAGAUCUUUUAUUUUGCCACGUCCUCGUUGCCUUCACCGCGUGGUUUGCUCCCUUAUGUACUUUGCUUUUUAUCAACAAAAAAUCGUGAAUGAAAUGUUAGAUAAACAGUUGCAAAAUUUAAUUAAGUGCUAGAGCAAGUUCAGGAGUAAACAAAUAGGCCAGGUUUACAUUGCAAAUAAAACUUUAGUUCUUAAGGAUAUAUAACUCCAUAUGACAAUGUUUGGCGAGUUGUGACGGAGAACAUGGGCCGUGCACUAUACACUGAGACAAUGCAUACCCUUAUCUUCUAAGACGCAUCAGUCCAAUGUUCAAUACUCCUUAAAGUCUGAUCCUAAAUCAUUUUUUUAUGUGAUUUAGAGGCUCAUUCCUGCCGCCAUUUGCAAACCAUCGGUAAAAGACUUAACAAGCCCUACGCUGAUGGCGUUUAUGAAAUAAAUCCAGAUGGGAAGGGUAUUGUCAAAACCAUAUGUGAUAUGACGCGUGAUGGUGGUGGAUGGACGCUAUUGAUUACCAGCUACACCAACAAGUGGACCAGGCAGAAUGUCUUACAAAAUAAUGAAAUGGAUCCAAAACUUAAAGACGAUUACUCUAUCCUGUUUAAGGCAGAUGACAUCAAAAAUAGUGGAAACGUAAAGGGUUCCACCUUUGAAUAUCGCUUAGAAGCUGAUAGUCCCGGUACGUGCGAUGCUCUGUUUAUGGUUACGUUCAGGUGACUAAAGAGAUUGAUACCUCAAGCGAGGCAUAUUUCAACCAGUGUCUUGUUCCUCCUCCGUUAAACAGGAAAAAAAAACGCGCGUACAAAGGUUUCCGUAUGUUGCUGUUGAUAAACCGGUGAUAUAUAAGUUAUGAAAUACUACGGCACGUCUCAAUAUACCGUCAAUUAUGAAAGAAUGAAUCGCGAUGUUUUCACAGCAUGCUGCUAUUUUUAAUUCAUCGAUAACGACCAGGCAAUUUGUGGACUGAUAAAAGCGAACGGUAUGCCAAAGCUAAAUGAAUUUGGCGAUUUUCGAGAUGACAUUUUGCUUUCCAAAAAUUGCUAACAUAACCAGACAAACCUUAUUCCUGUCAUUUCCAUACUGGGGAAAAUGCGUUGUCAGUUUGAGUAGUCCUCUUGGCCUCUUUUAUUACAUUAAAUUUUCAGGAAGAUGGGGUGGAAUUUGGAAGGCACCACGUAGCUACAGUUUUGUCAAAAUUGAUAAUAGUCAGACUGGAGUCCGGUUAACUAAGAAGUUUGACGAGUGGGGUUAUUCGUGGUACGGUUUGAAGAAAAGGAUGCCUUGGCUGUACGGCGAGAGGCUAACUACUGCUGGUGAACCAAAGAGAAAUGAAUUUGGUUCUAUUACAGGUUAAUAGUUUCUACUAAAGGUUAAUAGGUUCUAUUACAGGUUAAUAGUUUCUACUAAAGGUUAAUAGGUUCUAUUACAGGUUAAUAAUAUUAAGGAGUUACCUUAAAUAUAGAGACUAGCCCCAUCUGUCAAUGGUGCACGACGUUCAAAUACUGUUAAUCAUUUAAGAUGAAACUUUUCCAAGCUUUGGGUCAUGGAAAGGUCUCUCAGUGACACGUCUUAUGCAUAUUCCUUAACUCAUCAAAAAGCAUCUUAUGUUGAAUUCCACCUAAAAAGGAGGGUGUCGAAAACUCAGAUUAGAAUGUUGUGCUGAUAAAGUAGGCUAUUCCCUGACAGAAGUGUGACCUCCCAAUUAAAAAUUUAAAAAAAAUUUAAAAGCAUGUCAUGCGUGUGGAACUAAGCUGGAAUUGUAUUCCAGGCUUGUGCCUGCUAUCAUGAUUAUCAUCAACUAGUAAAGUUAUUACGAUGACAAAUUACAAUUUCCCACUGUCCCCCACCAAAAAAAAUGAUUUUUGUUAUAUCACGACGCUUGUUUACAGCCUCUAUGAAGAAAUAUCACCCAGCUCCAUGGAUAUAUGGCAAAGACAAAGAACAAUGUCCGACCUUCAUCUGGUACUGGAUGAGAGAAGGAGAGUACGGUCCUCCGAGAUCCUGCAUGGAGGUCAUGACUCGUAGCAUUGGGAAGGAGGGAGCUUCAGGUCUAGUAUAUAGCCCAGACCAUGCACCUUAACAGACCUAAACCAUCCAAAGAAAUAAUAAUAAGAAAAAAAAGAAACUCAAGGUUUUUGAUUCAAAAACAGACGAAACGUAGGCUUAAUUUCUGUUAAGUUUAAAAGCGUUCUUCAAGCGGUAUAAAAGCUUAUCUAGUAAAAUGAUUGAUAUGGUAGAAAACGAUUAAUCAUUUCUUCCUUUUAGAUGGUUUCUACAAUAUUCAGCCAGUGGACAAACCAGUCUCAACAUAUUGCGACAUGACACGUAAUGGCGGAGGCUGGACCUUACUCCUUACCAGCGCUUCUCGUCAAGGAUGGAACGCAAAGAACGUUCUGGAAAGGAAUAGGCAAAAUCCAUCGCUUAAAACAGAUUUUUCGAUUCUUGGGCAAGCUGAUAAUAUUCUUGGAAAGGAAAAAUUUCAGGUGCUUAGUUUUUUGCAUUAAGAAUAGGUACUCAUUCCUAUAACAAUUACAAGCUGAUAAUAUUCUUGGAAAGGAAAAAUUCCAGGUGCUUAGUUUUUUGCAUUAAGAAUAGGUACUCAUUCCUAUAACAAUUACCCUUUCACGGUAUCUGACGAUAUUCAACUUCGGAAGAAAUAUUCUUUGCUAACGCGUAAGUAUGGUGCCACUGAAAUAAAAGUGUCCUGUGCUGUAAAAUUAUAUUCAAGAAAGUUUAUCAGACAAUUUUCAUUUGGCUUUAAUUGGAGAAUUUUCUAGGCAAAUUUUAAGGAUGCAAUCAAAUGGGCAUGUUGAUGAUCUGUGAUGAUAAAAAUUUAUGAGACAAACUUCCCCUACCCGUUCCUUUAGUGAAGAAGAACUGAAUGUUAUAUAUUUUGCUUUGAUAUGAAUAAAUUCAAUGUAUUUGUUUAGUACCGACUCGAGGCCGAUGGUGACGACAUGUUUGGAGGAAUUUGGGAGACUGUAAGAGGCUACUCUAUGACGUCAUCCUCUGAUACUCAAACAAACAUACGGCUGCUAAAGAAGUUUGGAAUGUGGAAUGAGACAGAAAAUUUGAACAAGCGCGUUCCUCGUCUCGAGGCCGGUGGAAAACACUUAUAUACGACUGGCUCAGCGAGAGAUAACUCGGGCGUAAUAGUGACCUCAGAGAAUGAUGCCAUCUACAUAAACAGCGAGAAACCCAAACCGAAGGUCAUACGGGUAUGGAUACGAGAGGGAACCAGGUACGAUAUGAUGUAGAUUUUAGCCUAGCUAGCAUUUGAUAUAAAUGUGAGGUAUUGGAUAUUGUCCAAUGGCCGUACAGUACGAAGCAUUCGUUUGUUACUCAUUAACUCUGCCCAGAGUGCGCUCUUUUCUUAUUUCGUAAUAUCACUUGUAGUUCGCUUUCAACCUAAGAACUCCUUAAUGUCAUUUACCCACACUAUUCUACCCGCAGGUAGCAUCAGGGGAGAAAUGGCCUCGGUCUUAUCUCCCCCUUGAUGGAGCUUUGCUUGUACCGGCAAACAAUAAAAAUGAUUUUGUAGAUGUGUGUAUGAUUUUCGCUUCUUAGUGCUUAGGAUUAUAAGGAAUGGACAAUUUUUUUCUCAAAGUUAGCUUCAAGGCGGUAGAGUGAAUCUGGAAAGCUGUGGCUCAAUAUUUUCAUCCUUCGUACGUGUUUGUGUUCCGAUGUAAACAGAUUUCUUUAUUUUAACAUCACUUCCGAAUCGUUCAGGAUGCCUGGCAAGCAUUUAUCCAGAUGGAUGAGUCCAUUGAUAAAAUAAGAUAAAAAAAAAGGUGGGGAGUUCAAAACAACCGCUAUUUCCUUUAAAAUUUGAUGCCAAUCUUAAACUGUUUUUCAAUGUGUUCUUACUACAUAGACGCUCGUGCAACCAAGUCAAGGUUUACGGCACGCAGCUUGGUAUCACAUACGACGACGGAGUUUACAUGAUUAAAAAGGAUGACGUCGAUUACUUGCCUGUCUUUUGCGACAUGACAUCAGACCUUGGGGCUUACACUCUACUAGUCACCAGUGCCUCGAAUAACUGGAAUGCUAAAGAUGUGACGUUUCGAAAUGUGGAGAAACCGUCGCUAGGCAACGACUAUUCUAUUCUAGGAUUGGCAGAUAAUAUAAAAGAUAUCAGUGCAGCCAAGUCUUUCAAGUAUCGGCUGGAAGCUAAUUCACCAGGAACCUGGGGUGGAAUUUGGGAAGCGCCUAUAGAGUACACGUAAGAUGAUUUCGAGUUGUGUAUCAACGCAUGAGUUACUGUCAGUUGAGUGCCUCUCCUACUGCAUUUCUGGCUAAAUAAUUCUCCGUUCCAUAUUUUCAAGUAGGGCACUUAUAGAUUUUCGAAUCAAUGCAGGGAAGGACUGAGAUGAUCACAAGCUUUUUUCCGCUUUUAUCCUUUAACCAUUCGAAUCCGCGGUAGAAUCUUCUAAGUAACGCCUCAUAAAAAUGUUUAUUUAACUCACAGAUUCCUGAAAACCGAUAACACUCAAACCAAUGUCAACCUGGUGAAAAAGUUCAACCAAUGGGAAUACAGCGACGAUGGCGUUCAGAAGCGCAUGCCCUGGAUGGCUGGAACAUUUGGGUUACUGACCACUGCGACUGUGGGUGACUGGUAUCCUCGUGGAACUAUCAUCACAGACAGGAGAGAGGGAAAGCCAGCUAACUGGAUAUAUCCGGGGAUGUUUGAUCCAGGGGUUAUAUGGUAUUGGAUAAAUGAAGAUGAUUGCGACCAGAGUAGGAAACCUGGUGUGUGAGACGAUAAACGAAAGCUUAAAAAAUGUUAAAAUUGCAGAAAGAAGUUAUUGCCAAUGAGAAAAACUAUAAAAAAAGAAACCCAAAACACAGCAAACAAACCCAAAGAGCAAAGACCUUUAUUACUGAGAACGAAGGAAUAACAGUGGAACGUAAUAGGCGCGUUAAUUGGUAUGUUGUAUUAUUUUUUUUAAAUGCAGAACACACGUGGUUUUCUUUUAAAUCCCUUUUCUUUGUACAGUUGAUGGUGGUGUAUCAGGGUGGGGUGAGUGGAGUCGUUGUGACAAGCUCUGCCAGCCGGGUAGAAUGACCAGACAAAAGAAGUGUGACAAUCCCAAACCUAAGUGUGGCGGCAAACAGUGUGACCUGAAAAUUCUUCAGAAGGAAUCCAAGGAGUGUAAUUACUGUCCAGGUAACAAACCGUAUCCUGUGUUUCAAUGCGCCAUUUUCCUUACAACGUGUAAAUAACUAAUUUAUCACCACAUAUUGGGGUCGUUUUGCAUCAAUUCUAUUCGUGACAAGCAUGGCAACUUCGGUGAGUUUUGUUCGUAUCAGUGUCUGAUGAUUUAACGAUCAGCUUCUUGUAAUUUCAACAGAUCAGCUUAAGCCCCCAUUAACGAAUAUUAUGAAAAAUUUUCCGUCUGUUGCAGAACCUUCCUCCAGAAAAACUGGACCAACUUCGGCUUGGUUUUUAUAUGUUUUUUUAAAAACUACGAAUGUGGAAGACAAAGUAUACGAAAUCUUUUUUUCUUAAAGAAGUAAGGCUCGUCCUCUGUCUUAGGCUUGAUUUGAUUACGGCAGACUGACGGUCAAUUUUCUAUAUUAACAACUUAUAAUUCUUCUCAAUUGACGAUAUCGUCCUGUCGGGUUUGUGAAUUUAAUUAUUCCCGAUGCUUGUCUGAAUAUAUCAAUCAAUUGUAAGGACGAAGAUACAUCUAAAUCACUCCUUUUGCUUUCCUUCCGCCCAACAGAAAGUCCCAUCCGGGCGGUGGACAAAUUUUGUGUCCAGCCUCAGCGAUCAAGCUGCCAGAUACCCGACGGAACUAAGCUGGUUUACAAAUCCUCUACUGAAUGCUCGAAAGAAUAUCAGAAGUUCAUUUACGAUGAUGGUAUUCUGAUGCACAAAUGUAGCAAAAAAUAUGUUUGUCCAAGAGGUUUGUUCUUUGGAUUUGAUAGUUCAAGUACAUUGUCUCAGCGAGUGAAUUGUUCCCCAAUGAAGUGUGUCCUCUAAUUUCUCAAAAGAUGAGGCUGACUCUGAGGACUUUAAGUACAUUGACUUGAAUUCACAGAUAAUUAGUGAAGGCACUACAAAGAUGAUUCGUACAUAACUGUCUUUUACCCAAUCGAACGAUGGCAUCCCCUUAAUUUCCAAACUGGUUAAAUAUUACUGCUUCUUUGCAGUGUUGGGUUAAUGACUUGGGUGAAAGAGAGCUGUGUUUUCUUUUCAGUUUGUUUUUUAUUCUUCAUAGAAGGUUUCCCUACUAAAUAUUUACCUUUUCCCAGGAGGUCGUGUCGACUUUGGCGCCGAACUUGUAAUCGUGAGUUCAACUGGCAACUGUGAUCCAGAAGAUGCCAGAUUUGAAAGGUUAGAGAGCACUAGUAGUUCAGCUGAAAUGAAACAAUUUGCUCUCCUAUCUGAAGCAUCUUACGGCCAUUCACAAUGUGUUUUGUUUAGAAAAGAAAAGGAAGAAAAAUAUGGUAUGCUACCACAUCUGAUCAUGUUUUUUUUUGCCUAGUGUGGCUCAGUGAACAUAUGGGUUUGUUAGGCACUGAUACAGCAUGCUUGUGCUUAAUUCCAGUUUGCAUGCUUUAUCAGGACACCCGUGAUAUCCCUUAUGCGUAUAUCACGAGAAGUGAUCUGUGUGUUCACACCAAAGGGGGCCGAUACUAGACCCAUUAUCGUUUACACAAGGUAGUACAGCGAACAUACCCUACGUUAAUUGCUGAUACAGCAUUCUUGUAUUGAUUUCCUGUUUGCAUGCUUCUUCAGGACACCUGGGAUGUCCCUCAUGCACAUAAGAAGUGGUCUGUGCGUUCACCCCAAAGGGGGAAGACCCUCUGAAGGAGUGCCGCUUGUUUAUUACGAAGGAUAUGAUCAACCAAGGCUUAAACUGGAUCUCUAUCAACUAAAGGGUAAUGCCAAGACACUAUUGUGUCGUCAAAGGUGUUCUUCUAAAUUACAUAGAUUAAAAAGCAUCCUCCCUCGAUCCACCAUCCUUAAAACAUGCAUGGGAUUAGAGUUGUAUUAAUAGACGUCCAUAACUAUUUUAAAUAAGGCUUUUACUUUAAAAAAUAACUUUAUCAAGUUGCGAGAGAUUCUACAGCUUUGUCCUGCUCUCUCUUCGCUGCCUGAUCCCGGGUACGAUCCCCACACAUUUACAUAAACAAUUUGAGGAAAUCUUCGAGACGAAUGCUCCGAUCGACAUCGGUCGUGCGCCAUGGAAACGUAACUGAACUACGAUGUAGCUGGCUGUCGGAGAAGGAAAGACUGUUGCCCCAGUAAAGCUAAACGUGCUGUAGUCAAACUUUCCAAUUAGUUCAGACGAAGGGCUAACGCUCGAAACAUCAGCUUUGAAACUCUCAACGGUGGCUAAUUUACGUUAUCAACUUAGUUGGAAAUACCGAAUUAUUUUGUUAUACUCUCCCACCGACGCAGCAGCACAGCGUACAGUUUCUUUGGAAACUUUCCCCUUUUUUCAAUUGUAGAGUUCGUAAAAUUAGUCUAUUUAAUGCCCAUAUAUAUAUUUUGUACUUAUUGACUGAGUAGGAGGGCCGGGGGUAAAUAUUUGGCUCGACGUCGUGUAAGGUCCCCACGUCAUAACAGAAGCCAGACAUUUUCCUGUAAUGCCCAACCAAAUUCAUUCAUAAGUAUUUCAUCAUAUCAUCACGAAGUCUUUUUGAAAUCAUGUCUGAAACUAAAUGGGACGCAAUUACAUAAUGUGAAGAAUGCGCUUAAUAACUACAAAACAAUAUUUUUCAGAAGAGCGUUUCCUUUAUUUCUUCGCCUCUAAACAAAAAAAAAUCACGAGUUAUCGAGAAUCGAAACUUACUUUCAUAUUCGUUUUAUACAAAGCUUUUUGCCAUUAAAUAUGGGGUGCACGAUUUUUUUUUCCCGGAUCAAGUUCACUUCAACCUGUUCAGCACAACAUACUUCAGCUUUACGGGAUUGCUUAAGCGCGGCUGUAAAGGUUAUACACUAAAACAAAAUAUAUUUUAAAAUGUAUUCAAUAAUGCAAACUUGUAGACAACGUAAUCAUCUAUUGUGAAAAAGAUACAUAUUUUUUAAAUUUCAGAUUGAUUUAAAGUGACUGGAGACCCAUUCACUCAGACGCGGGCUGACGCUCGAAACGUCCGCUAUGAAACUCUUUACCGUGGCAAAUUUACAUUAUCAACUCGAUUGAUGAAACCGAAUACAUCUUGGUUAGAAAAGAGUUGGGUUCAGCUCGUACGGAGCACGCGUCAGAUUUUUACGACAAAUAAUUUUCAGCAAACUUGGAUGGAAACGAGAAUCCUUCUGAGAAACGUCUCCAAAGAUACGUUAACAAUGUUUUUAUCAAUAAAAUUUCCAAUUUCCUCGAUUUUCUUUAUUGUUUUUUCUUUUGGUGAUUACUGACAUCCUAAAAUAUAGUCUUGCAAAUGAGAUUCAAAUGAGCUUGGCAAAACACUCUCUAUUGGUCUAAUGGCUCACAGCUUCUGGUCUUUUAAUGGAAAAGACAAGACAAGACAGGUUGGCUUGUUGAAAGAGGGGGUUUGAUUUGGAGAACUAGCCAACGGAAUAAUUAUUCACGGGAAUAACACAAAUGGCAAAGCAAGUUACAGACUCUGACGCAUAUUAUUUAUCACUUUUCGAUCAGAAAGGACUCAAUUACCCUCAAUGAAAUAAACUUUUCCUAUUUUGUGGUUCAUAAUAAAAGGAGGCCUCCUAGGCCGGGUUGUUCAAAGCACGAUGAAGCUAACAGAGGCCAGAUUAGCUAAUAAUUUUUUAUUUAGUUUUAAAGCUUUGCAGAAAAUCAAUUGUAUUAAUUUGUUUUAUACGGUUUCAACUCUUGCCAAGAGUUAAACCCACUAAAGCCUUCGCGCUUUGAGAUACGAGCAUCCAGAGCCGGACUGCUCGUAUCUCAAAGUGGAUAGAUGAAACGGAUGAUAGCAAUAGUUAUUUAACCUGUUCACGUGAUAUAAGCUGACAUUAAAAGUAAAAAACAAUUUUGUCUUCAUAGCCUUCUAUGAAUAACGCACUCAUGCCGAACAACCGCUCGGCAAGCAGCUUAUGGCGAAAAAUUUAUAGCUUUUUUGAAAGAAGGCCCAUUUAAAUUUCGUUUGCUUAAAGUUUAUAUUGUAUUUAAAUCAGCAAUCUUAUUGAUGAUUUUAGUCUCUAUUAAAAAUUUUAUUCGACCCUCCAUAAGUGAGUAUCAUCUUUUAGUGGGAUUUCCUUGUCGUGCUAUACGACGAAAAUUGAGCUUCGAGAUUGUUUUGGACUUCAAAUGUCAUUUUUUCAAUGGCAUUUUCAUUUACUUAUUCUUCUCUCAUUAGAUCUCGCCAAGAUUACCCUAUGAAAAUUUAAAGGAUUUUGUCCUCAGUAGAAAAUGUCAGAUAGAAGACAUGAACACAUUCCUCUGCCAGGUUUCCACAGCUUUCCACUAUCUUCACGUAAAUCAUAUCACAGCUUUCCACUAUCUUCACGUAAAUCAUAUCGUGCACAGGAGGCUAUUAUUUAUCUUACGCGGUCACCCAAAAGAGAGUGGGGAGAUCAUGUCUUUGUAGGAGAGGAUCUGGCCUGAAAGGAUACCACUUGGUAUCGCCAUAAUAAUCAUAAUCAUUUUUUUUUAG